UUAGGCGUCUUGGACGCAACGGAGACGCGAAGGACAGAGCGAUCGGGAGACAACUUUCCUUCCCCUCCUCUGUAAUCAGCGUCACGCUUCUGUCACCAGAGGAGGAGAGCUUUCUCUGAGAGAGAUUCACCUCCGUGUUGAAUUCUUCCAGUCAUUCCUGACGGGGACGCGCGGACAUUUCUUCACGGCGGGAGAUUUUUUUUUUUUUUUUAGCCAGCAAGUGGAAAGUUCGGGACCCGCCGUGGCCGAUGGAGCUGCAGCCGCCCUCUGAAGCUCUUCCUCCAGUUCAGUCCCAGGAAUGACGACAGCGUCCAUGGAGCCCGUAGGAAUCCUGGUGGAAAGGGGCGCCAAUGCCACCGUCCCGCCCGUGAGCUCUCACCAGGACGCUGCCGCUACCGUCACCAUCGGCACCAUCCUCUCCGUCAUGUGCUUCGUCGGCGUCUCGGGGAACAUUUACACCCUGGUGGUCAUGUACCACUCCAUGAGGACCGCGGCGUCCAUGUACAUCUACAUCAUAAAUCUGGCUCUGGCAGAUCUGCUGUACCUUCUCACCAUCCCCUUUGUGGUGUGCACACACUUCCUGAAGGGCUGGUACUUUGGGGACGCGGGAUGUCGGAUUCUGAUCAGCAUGGAUUUCCUGACCAUGCACGCCAGCAUUUUCACGCUGACCAUCAUGAGCACGGAGCGAUACCUUGCGGUGCUCAAGCCCCUGGACACGGUCAAGCGGUCUAAAAGUUACCGGAAGGCUAUUGCGGUGCUGGUCUGGGUAGCCUCUCUAAUCCUCACCUUGCCCAUGAUUGUGACCAUUCAGCUUACGACAGUUGGGAAGAAGGCAAUGUGCCUGCCCACUCUAUCCCAGCAGUCUUACAAGAUUUACAUCUCUUUCCUGUUUUGCACAAGUAUCGUUGCUCCAGGACUGAUCAUUGGGUAUCUCUACAUUCAGCUAGCACGGACUUACUGGAUAUCGCAAACGAAAAGCUUCAAGCAGACCAAGAAACUACCUAAUCAAAAGGUGCUGUACCUGAUCUUCACCAUCGUGCUCCUCUUCUGGGCGUGCUUCUUGCCCUUUUGGAUCUGGCAGCUGCUCACCCAGUUCUGCCCCUCCUUGCCCCUCUCCUCCAAAGUCAAACGCAACAUCAACUACCUGACCACAUGCCUGACGUACUCCAACAGCUGCAUCAACCCGUUCCUCUACACGCUGCUCACCAAGAACUACAAGGAGUACCUGAGGAAGCACAAGAGGUCGUGGUCGGCCGGCAGCUACUUCAACAGACGGAACCGUUUCCAGAGGUCGCCCCGCAGGUCGCCGUCCGCCAGCAGUCAGCAGUGCACAGAGAGCUUCAUGCUCACACACACGGCUUCCCAGCGCGCCCACAACAGCAGCCUGUGCGAAUGAAGCGAAGAGAAGAGGAAACCCAUGGAGGGGGAAAUCAAGGGAAGACGGAUCAGAGACUCUGGGUUAUUUGCGAGAAAAGACGACGGGGACAGAAGCUGUGAUGCUGUGAACGUCGCCCGUUUUUGACUUUUUCGCAUCUACGAAACGUCCCGGCAUAAAAAGAAAAGAGAUCCGGUUUAAAGGUUCUCUGUUCUUACUCUACCUUCAUCUUGUUUCAUAUCAAGUCAACCUGCAUGCAGAGUUCGUCGAAACUCUUCCUAUAAUCGAGUUUGGAUUAUUGGGUGAGAAGCACGGGUAACGUAAGGGUUACGAGUCAGAACUGACUUUAUUGGAUAUUUUUUAAAUAAUUUAUUUUUAAGAAGAAAGAGCACGUUGUGUAUAUAGAUGUGUGUUUGGAAGUACUUUUUGUCUAGUUGAAAAUAAAAUAAGGGUAAAACAUAAUUAA